UUGCCACAGCAACAUGUUAAAUCGAUCAAAAGCUCAAAGCAGAGCAUAGCGCAGCAUCAUUAAAGAGAAAGAAAAAGGAACAACCCCGCUCUCUUUGCCUCUCCCACUCUGUUCCUACAAGAACAUGUUCACUUUAUCGAGGGCGAGGGACACCAUCAUGAUUCAUGCAUUCUGCCCCAUUCUCAACUUUCACCAAGCUUUUUCCCUUGAGUAGAGAAUGGCUACUUAGUUAGCAAGGCAUUCCAAGGAAGGCGUUGCGCCAUUGUUGUCGCUGUUUGUAGGAAGAGGAUGUGGAACCUUCUCCGCUUCGUCUUGGGGUCAUUCCUCUUCCUCUGGCCCUUGCUGGCGGAAUCCGCCGCCCUGAACGACGACGUGCUCGGCUUAAUCGUAUUCAAGGCCGACAUUGUGGAUCCCCUCUCCAAGUUGGCGUCUUGGAAUGAGGACGAGGACGACCCGUGCGCAUGGACGGGCGUCAAGUGCAGUCCGCGGGGAAACCGCGUGAUCGAGCUGUCGUUGUCCGGCUUCUCCCUCUCCGGCAGGAUCGGACGCGGACUCCUCCAGCUCGCGGCCCUUCAAACCCUGGACCUUUCAGGCAACAACCUCUCCGGGAGCCUCUACCCCGGCCUCCUCCAGCUCGCUUCCCUCCGGGUCGUCGACCUCAGCGGCAACAAUCUCUCAGGGAUGAUUGCCGAUGAGUUCUUCGAGCAAUGCCGGUCAUUGAGGUCUCUCUCGUUGGCGAAUAAUGCCCUUUCCGGAGAGAUCCCUCGGAGCAUCGGCUCUUGCUCCACCUUGGCGGCCUUGAAUCUGUCAUCGAACCAGCUCUCGGGUUCUUUGCCAAGCGGCCUCUGGUCCCUAUUUGCUCUUCGAACCCUAGACCUUUCCGACAAUGCCCUAGUUGGAGAGAUACCAAAGGGAGUUAGUCGACUAUACAACUUAAGGUCGAUCGGAUUGAGAGGAAAUCGCUUCGCCGGCCGAUUGCCGGAUGACCUAGGCGACUGUUUGCUGCUGAGACAUCUCGACGUCAGUGCAAAUUUACUCACCGGCGACCUUCCCGAAUCCAUUCGGAAACUCACAUUAUGCCGCCGUUUGGCCCUGAGCUCCAAUUUAUUCGCAGGGCCAGUCCCAACAUGGAUUGGGGAAAUGAACAACUUGGAGUUCCUUGAUUUGUCUGCCAAUUGGUUUUCUGGCAGAAUCCCCGAGUCGAUCCGUGCUUGCAGAAGCUUGAAAAACUUGGAUUUGAGUGGCAACUCGCUGACUGGAAAUCUUCCGCCAUGGAUGUUCGAAUUGGAGUUGAAUGAGCUUUCGGUUUCAGGAAAUAGAAUGAGUGGAUUCAUCUCGGCAGCUGCCGAUGCGCCCGGUGGUCGGUUUCUGAGUCAUCUGGAUUUGUCAGGGAAUGGAUUCUCCGGCGGAGUCCCUUCUGCUCUCGGCACUUUUCAAGGCCUGAGAUUUUUGAACCUUUCUAGGAAUUCAUUUUCAGGUUCUAUACCUGCUGCUGUGUUGGCGCUGGAGAAAGUGGAGGUUCUUGAUCUUAGUAUGAACAUGAUCAAUGGAAACAUUCCGCCGGAGAUUGGGAAAGCAGUGUCCCUGAAGGAGCUCAGUCUCGAGAAGAAUUCUCUGACUGGAGGAAUCCCAGCGCAGAUAGGGAAUUGCUCUUCCCUCAGAAUUCUAUUAUUGUCGCUGAAUAAUCUGACAGGCCCUGUACCUCCCACACUAUCCAAUCUCACGGACCUUGAGAUCGUGGAUCUUUCGUUCAAUAGAUUGAGUGGCAACCUCCCAAAGCAGCUUUCCAAUCUUGCCCGUCUCAACUGGUUCAACAUAUCCCACAAUCUCUUCUCCGGCCAUCUUCCCGCAGGAAACUUCUUCAAUACCAUCCCGCUUUCUUCCAUCUCGGAAAACCCAGGACUCUGCGGCUCGGCAGUCAAUCGCACCUGCCGCACUGUUCUCCCGAAGCCAAUAGUCCUCAAUCCCAACUCAUCCAGUUCGUCUCCGAAUGCCACACUCUCAUCUGACAGCAUUCGCCACAAGAAAAUCAUACUUAGCAUAUCCGCCCUCAUUGCGAUUGGAGCUGCUACCGUGAUUGCUCUCGGUGUGAUCACCAUCACCAUCCUCAACAUUCGUGUGCGAGCCACCUCCGCUGGUUCCCAUUUGCCUGCUGCCUCUGCCCUCUCCGAUGGCUACUACAGCAACUCUCCUGCAAGCGAUGUGACCUCGAACAAGCUUGUUAUGUUCUCAGGGGACGACACUGCAGGUUUUUGUGCUGGAGCUCAUGCGAUUCUAAACAAGGACUGCGAACUGGGCCGCGGCGGCUUCGGUACCGUUUACAAGACAAAUCUCCAGGAUGGAAGGCCCGUGGCUAUCAAGAAGCUCACAGUUUCGAGCCUAGUGAAGUCGCAAGUAGAUUUUGAAAGGGAUGUUAAAAAACUAGGAAAAUUGAGGCAUUCUAAUCUAGUGGCUCUGGAAGGGUACUAUUGGACUCAAUCCUUGCAGCUCCUUAUAUACGAGUAUGUCUCAGGUGGGAAUCUGUACCAGCACCUCCAUGAAUGUUCCAACUCAAGCUCCCUCUCAUGGCAAGAACGCUUCCAUGUGAUUCUUGGGAUUGCGAGAAGUUUAGAUUACCUCCAUCGGCUGAAUAUUAUCCACUACAACCUGAAGUCUAGCAACGUCCUUAUUGAUGGCUCAGGCGAGGCCAAGGUGGGAGACUAUGGAUUGGCCAAAUUGUUACCGAUGCUUGAUAGAUACGUGCUUAGCAGCAAGAUUCAGAGUGCUCUUGGGUAUAUGGCACCGGAGUUUGCAUGCCGGACAGUGAAGAUAACUGAAAAAUGUGAUGUCUAUGGAUUCGGGGUGUUGGUCUUAGAGAUCAUCACCGGAAGACGGCCGGUUGAGUACAUGGAGGAUGAUGUGGUGGUGCUUAGUGAUUCAGUAAGAGUUGCACUAGAAGCAGGAAGAGUGGAUGAACUAGUGGAUGGAAAGGUGGGUGGAAAGUUUCCGAUGGAGGAGGUUGUGCCGGUGGUGAAAUUGGGACUGGUAUGCACAUCGCAAGUCCCAUCAAGCCGGCCUACCAUGAGUGAAGUUGUUCAUAUUUUGGAGUUGAUCAUAUGCCCACAGGAGAGUCAUGAGGAGGAGCUGACUUGAGCUUUGAGAUCUUUUGCCCACUUUACUUUCAUUUUUUUUUUCUUGAUAGCUAAGACGAAGCUAUCAGAUCAUGGAAAAAUGCAAGGAAAAAUUGGUUCUGAUGUGAAAAAAGGAAUCUGAUUUCUCCUUUCUAGUAUGAGUUUAAUGCAUAUGUCCUUGUUCUUUUAGGAACUUCUUCCUUUUAGAUUAACAUGUCAUCUUGAAGAUUAGACCGGA